CAUCUGAAAAAAUGCUGCCACAGGGAGCCUUUCUGCUGCUCAUGUUCUUGAACUUGGUUCAUGGAAGGUUUUAUGAUGAGCGAUACCAAACACCCACUGGCAUAAAAGGCCCACCAUCCAACACCAAGACCCAGUUUUUCAUUCCCUAUAGCAUAAAGAGGAAUGGUAUAUCAGUAAGAGGUGAGCAAGGUAUUCCUGGCCCACCGGGCCCCGCUGGACCUCGAGGACACCCGGGUCCCUCUGGACCACCAGGAAAACCAGGCUAUGGAAGUCCUGGACUACAAGGAGAGCCGGGAUUGCCGGGCCCACCAGGAUUAUCGGCCACUGGGAAACCAGGUUUGCCAGGGCUCCAAGGAAAGCCUGGAGAGAGAGGACCGUAUGGACCAAAAGGAGAUAUUGGACCCACUGGCUUACCAGGACCUCGGGGCCCACCAGGACCCCCUGGAAUCCCCGGCCCAGCUGGAAUUUCUGUGUCAGGAAAACCUGGACAACAGGGACCUACAGGCGCUCCAGGACCUAGGGGCUUUCCUGGGGAAAAGGGAGCAGCAGGAGCCCCUGGGGUGAACGGACAGAAAGGGGAAGCUGGAUAUGGCGCGCCUGGCCGCCCAGGGGAGAGGGGCCUUCCAGGCCCUCAGGGUCCCAUGGGACCGCCUGGUCCUCCCGGCGUGGGAAAAAGAGGUGAGAAUGGGUUUCCAGGACAGCCUGGCAUCAAAGGUGAUCGGGGUUUCCCAGGGGAAAGAGGAGCAAGCGGCCCACCAGGUCCACAAGGGCCUCCUGGGGAACGAGGACGGGAAGGCAUUGGAAAGCCAGGUGCUGCUGGACUUCCGGGCCAGCCUGGGAUUCCGGGGACAAAAGGCCACCCUGGGGUUCCAGGAAGUGAUGGGCCUCCUGGGCCUCCUGGCUUUGGGAAGCCAGGUUUGCCUGGUGUAAAGGGACCACGAGGACCUACUGGUCUCCCAGGGGGUCCAGGGGCCAAAGGGGAACAAGGGCCAGCAGGUCAUCCAGGGGAGCCAGGGCUGAGUGGACCUCCUGGUAAUAUGGGUCCCCAAGGACCAAAAGGCAUCCCAGGAAGCCAUGGUCUUCCAGGCCCUAAAGGUGACAUAGGGCCAGUUGGGCCUGCAGGACCCCCUGGGGCUAGAGGAUCAAGGGGUCCCCCUGGGUUAGAUGGAAAACCAGGAUACCCAGGAGAACCAGGGCUCAGUGGUCCUAAGGGCAACCCAGGGUUACCAGGCCCAAAAGGUGACCCUGGAGUGGGAGGACCGCCUGGACUCCCAGGCCCUGCAGGUGCAGUGGGAGCUAAGGGGAUACCUGGACACAAUGGUGAAGCUGGUCCAAGAGGUACUCCUGGUAUGCCAGGCACCAGGGGUCCCAUUGGGCCCCCAGGCAUUCCAGGAUUCCCUGGAUCUAAAGGUGAUCCUGGAAACCCAGGUCCUCCUGGCCCAGCUGGCAUAGCAAUUAAAGGUCUGAAUGGACCCACAGGGCCACCAGGGCCUCCGGGUCCAAGAGGCCACAAUGGAGAGCCAGGGCUUCCCGGCCCCCCAGGCCCUCCAGGUCCCCCAGGCCAAGCAGUCCCGCCUGAGGGCUUUAUAAAGGCAGGGCAAAGGCCCAGUCUUUCUGGGAUGCCUCUUGUCAGUGCCAACCAGGGGGUAACUGGAAUGCCUGUAUCGGCUUUCAGUGUUAUUCUCUCCAAAGCUUACCCAGCCAUCGGUGCUCCCAUCCCAUUUGAUAAGAUUUUAUAUAACAGGCAACAGCAUUAUGACCCAAGAACAGGAAUCUUUACCUGCAGGAUCCCAGGAAUAUACUAUUUCUCCUAUCACAUUCAUGUGAAAGGCACUCAUGCUUGGAUAGGCCUGUAUAAGAAUGGCACCCCGGUAAUGUACACCUAUGAUGAGUAUUCCAAAGGCUACCUGGAUCAGGCUUCAGGCAGCGCCAUCAUGGAUCUCACAGAAAAUGACCAGGUGUGGCUCCAGCUGCCCAAUGCUGAGUCAAAUGGCCUAUACUCGUCAGAGUAUGUCCAUUCCUCCUUCUCAGGAUUCCUUGUGGCUCCCAUGUAAGUGUACUCCCACAGAGCUGAUCUAAACUCCUGCUUGGAAAGGUGUUCCCCAGCCCCAUCCCUCCCACAAGAUACAUACGGAGGUAAGCUGAAAAUAAUGUGAGCAGUAUUAAUGUUCCCAAACACAGAUUCUGAAUUUCCAAACCAAAACACAAUUUCCCCCAUACAAAUGAGCAGCA